AUGGAAGAGCCUGCCGCGAAACGUGCGAAGCGAACGGAUGGCUCCGGAGUGUGGGACAGAAACGAAAAAACAGAUUCACGACCUAGUUCUAGCGGAAGGGACACCAAGCCGAGAACCCAUCACGAAGACAACAGAGAUGGAGAGCGUCGCUACAGCAGAAGGGAUGACGACCAAAGGAAGAGAUCAAGGUCACGGGAGAAUCACGACAGAAGAAGAGAGCGCGAUAGGUCACGGGAACGAUCGCAUCGUGAUCGACCUCAUGACAGAGAGAGGGAUCGUGACAGGGCUGGCAGAGACAGUAAGGUCAACGGAGAUAGUCGUCGAGACAAAAGCCGGAGUCGAGACAGACAUCGGUCUUCAAAAGGUAAUGAUGACGGUUCCGACUGCUUCAACAUGUGCUCACACGACACAGACUAUCGUAGCGAACGUUCACAGCGGCAUUCACGAUCUAGGUCACCGAAAAGAAAUGGCGAUGCUGGCCCAGCUCGUACCCGCUCUCCUCCUCGAGGAAACGAUCACGAUAGUCGGCGACCUCGAGAAGAGAUCAAAGCCGAAGAGACCACAUCGAAACCGAAACCGAAUGUGGCAGACGGCGAGAAGAAGACGGUCAGUGGUGACACCAUGGCAGUUGACGAAGACGAUGAGGAUGCUCUCCUCAAGAGAAUGAUGGGCUUCACGACAUUCAAAACUACACAAAACACCAAAGUUCCUGGCAACCAGAUUUAUGCCGUGCGGAAGGAGAAGAAGACGCAAUACCGACAGUAUAUGAACCGUGUGGGAGGUUUCAACAGGCCACUGAGUCCAUCGAGAAUGUGA